AUGAAGCAGCUGCCCGGCCUACCAGAGAGAACCCAGCCACAGAAGAAUUACAUCCACGUGUUGACGGGUGUCACCAUGAAAGACCCUGCAAAGCGCAUGGCCCAGAAGACGCAUAUGUGCCUGGAGUGCGGGAAAUCCUUCAGCAAGAAGGGAAAUCUGAAGAGACACCAGAGGAUCCACACAGCAGAGGAACUCUACCCCUGCAGUGAGUGCGGGAGGCGCUUCACCACGAGGGGACACCUGACCACGCACCAGAGCAUCCACACCGGAGAGAGACCUUUCCAGUGUGACGAGUGUGGACGGUGCUUCCGGCUGGAGAUAUGCCUGGCUGCCCACCGGAAGACACACACCAAAGGUGGGCCAUAUAUCUGUGUCCACUGUGGGAAGAGCCUGAGCACACGCAUCUACUUCAGCAUCCACAUGAGAACCCACAAGGAAAAGCGGCCGUACGCCUGCACCGAGUGCGGGAAGAGCUUUGUGAAGAAGGGGACGCUGACGGCACACAAGGAGAUACACAAACGGGAUAAGCCUUUCAAGUGCUCCGACUGCAGCCGGUGCUUUGGCCAGAGUGCAACGCUGGUGGCUCACCAGAAAAUCCACCUCCGCGGUGGGCCAUUCAUAUGCACCGAGUGUGGAAAAAGCUUGAGCACCAAGAGGUAUUUUAAUGUCCACCAGAGGAACCACGCAAAGCAGAGGCUACAGGAAGCCACUGGCCAUGUAAAUGGCAUGCCUCUCCGGGUCAUCCAGAUUAAAGAGGAACCGGACGUGGCCUUCAAACAGGAGGAUAGUUUUAGCCUGGGGAAGAAUGUUACAAUACCAGGAGCUCACUCAGAGGACGGACCCCAGGAAGGUACUGACUGUGGAACCCAAUCCAGCCCAAAGAUCCUUGUUAGCACUCCAUGGGAAAUCCAGACUAAGGAGGAACCAGACACAUACCCCGAACACGAGAGAGACAUCAUUACAGUAGCGCACCAGAACUCUUACAUCAAGGAAGAGCCACAGGCCAACCCCGAUUAUGACAACCAAUUCAAUCCAAAGAUGCCUCUCUUUCCUCUAUGGGGAAUCCAGGCUACAAAGGAAGCCGGGGUGGACAACGAACACCAGAGGGAUGUCACUAUGAUUGGGAAUCUUGCGGCACGCCAGAAACCCCGCAUCAAGGAAGAACCACAGGAGAGCACUGACCAUGGAAGCAACUUCAGUCAAAAGGCAUCUCUUGGCAUCAUCCAGAGGAUCCAGAUUAAAGAGGGAGCCGGGGCGGAUGGUGAACAUGGGGAAAGCUGCAGCCCAAAGAAAAAACAUAGAAAACGCCAGAGAACCAGCAAAGAGGGAACUCCUGGUACACGUACCGAGAACCGGGCAAACACAAAAUGCAAGAAAAAUCCCUUGACGAAGAACAGUCCCAAAGUGGAAAGGAUAUUUCCGUGUCCCGAGUGUGGGAAAAACUUCAACCAGAAGUCGAAUCUUACUAGGCACCGGAAGAUCCACACCAGUGAGGGGCCUUAUAAGUGCAACGAGUGCGGGGAGAGUUUCCGGAUGAACAGGAAGCUCAUCAGGCAUCAGAGAAUCCACAUGAGUGAGCCCUUUAAAUGCACUGAGUGUGGGAAAAGCUUCACCCAGAGGUCGAACCUCGUGAGGCACCAGCGGAUCCACACCAGGGAGGAGCCAUACAAAUGUCCAGAAUGUGAGAAGACCUUCAAUCAGAAGGCCAACCUCUUCAGGCACCAGACGAUCCACAUCAGGAUGGGACCGUGCAAAUGUACCAAGUGUGGGAAAUGCUUCACUCAGAAGAAAAACCUUAUUAGACACCAGACGCUGCACUCCAGGGGCGGGGCUUAUAAAUGCACGGUGUGUGGGAAACGGUACAGGCUGAAGAAAUAUCUGAGAAGGCACCAGAAAAUUCACAUGAGGGAGGGACCCACCGGACGUGCAAAGCGGGGGGAAAAGCUGGUGGCACCAGGGAGCAUUAGCAACCACCCCCAGACCCACCCCGAACAAAAAGCACUCCCGGCUGUGAAAAGUGAGGAAAGCUUAACAUGUGAGGGCAACCUCUAGCCACAGAGCAAAGCCCACAAAGGAAGGUGAUAAGGCUGGACCAAAUUCUGCAGUCUUUAGUGGAACAAAACUCCUGCUGUAAACAAGAGGCAAGGUGGCUGGGAUUCAGGAGACCUGUGUCCAGUCUUUGGCUCUGUCACUGGUUUUCUGGGUGACCUUGGGCAAUUCAGUUUCCCUCCCCAGGCCUCAGUUUCCCCAUCUGUAAAAUGGUGUUAAGGAUACUUACUUCCUUGGUAAAGAGUGAGAUAUUAUUAUUAUUAACCAGAGAUUUGCUCCACUGAAGAAUGCGGAGUUUAGCCCAAUCAGCCCCAACUCUUAAACAGGCUGAAUGUAUCCAGGUGCAAAGCAUUGAUUUCGAUUGUACCAUUUUGCUUCUGGAAAAGAAGUGGGGAAUGUAUCUACUGAGCCUGACUCUGAGAAAUGGGCAUCGCCCACAUAGAUCUAACAUGGACAUCGCUCCCAUCGAUAGCAGGGGUCAGCUCUGGGACUGAGACUCGGGAUGAAAUGCAGCAGACAUAAAGGCCAGCGUUUUCAAACCAGGGUGGGGGGGCCGAGAUUAGGCUGCAGAAUGAAAGAUGUUUCAGGCUGGGCACCUAACAUGGAAAUACUCAAACUCAGUGGCCGCUUUUGAAAAUUUGGCUGGCAGUGAGCAAAUGCUGUUCUCCCAGUACAUCUACGCUGCAGCUGGACGUGUGCUUUCCAGCUUGGGUAGACGAACACACACUAGCUUUGAGAAAGUAGGAGUCCUCUGUCAUCUAGGAGAGCAGCCAGCAACUCCAUGGAACGCACAGUUCUCUUAAUGCCAGAGUAAACACUACCGGACAAUCCCUGCAGGUACCAGUAUCAACCAGGCCCUUCCUAGUUCCAAGACAAGGCCUGGCUGAAAGUUACUACCUGAGCGGGGACAGGUGGUCACGGGGUGGGGAAGAGUCACAGGAGUUUAUGACACACCAGCCACAUAAUGCAAUGAGAGACUAAAGCAGAGGUGGGUAAACUACAGCCCACGGCCACACCCGGCCCAUGGGACCCUCCUGCCCGCAAGAUCCUCUGCCCGGCCCCUGAGCUCCUGGCCAGGGAAGCUAGUCCCCAGCCCCUCCUCCGCUGUUCCCCCUCCUCCACAGCCUCACCUCACCACUGGCGCAAUGCUCUGGAUGGCAGGGUGAGCUCCUGGGGCAGCACAGCUGCAGAGCCCGGCCUGCCCCGGUGCUCUGUUCUGAGCAGUGGCGGCACGGCACGGCUCCAGCCGGGCGGCACAGCUGUAGCACUGCCAGCCACCGGUGCUCCAGACAGCAUGGUAAGGGGG